CUUUGUGUCAGUGUGUGUUCUGCUACCUGCUGUGGUUGUUUAUGGAUGUAGCCCGUUGCAGGCUUAUAAUUGUGUUUGUAGUUGUGUUGUGAGUUCAAUGUUCGAUUAUGGAGGACAGCACAGAAUCAGCAACAGAAACGACAGUAGAGUCGGAGGAUUCAGAACUCACCAAGGCACCGCAUAGGGGUGAAGAGAUUAUGAAAGGGUUCCAGGUUAACUGGAUGGUAUUAAGAGAUGCUGACACUGGAAAAAUUCUGUGGCAAGGCUAUCAAGAUUUAUCAGUACCAGAUGUCGAACAUGAAGCACGAGUUCCAAAGAAGAUCCUAAAGUGCCGAGCAGUCUCAAGAGAAAUAAAUUUUUCAUCUGCGGAAGCAAUGGAGAAGUUUAGAUUAGAACAGAAAGUGCUAUUUAAGGGACGAUGCCUAGAAGAAUGGUUUUUUGAGUUUGGAUAUGUUAUCCCGAAUUCUACCAAUACAUGGCAGUCUAUGUUUGAAGCAGCUCCUGAGUCACAGAUGAUGCCUGCUAACGUGCUGAAUGGCAACGUGGUCAUUGAAACGAAGUUCUUUGAUGAUGAUAUGCUUGUGUCAACUUCAAAAGUUCGCCUGUACUAUGUAUGAAACGUUGUACAUCGUGAUAUUACAAAGUGUGAGGUUACAAUGAGGCACUUUUUGAUGAGUUGUGGAAGAUGUGCAAAGAAACAAUUCCUCUUGAUUAUGGAUUUUAAAAAUAGACAGGUAUCAGAGAAAAGUGAACUUUCUCUUUCAGAUACUGUGAUUGUAUACAUUAUAGAUGAUAGUAAGAAGAACCAUGCACUAUUUUAUAUACAUGUAUAAAUAUAUGUAUUUCAGUGA